AUGGUGAAAGUAACUUUACGGGGUCGCCAGCUAGUAGGAGGGCUUUAUGGAGCAGAAAAACGACAAAGCGAGAAAAAUUAUUUUCCACUCCAGAAAUUAAUGAUCAUGAGCUCUUAUUUGAUGGACUCUAACUACAUCGAUCCGAAAUUUCCUCCAUGCGAGGAAUAUUCGCAAAAUAAUUACAUCCCAGACCACAGUCCGGAAUAUUAUAGCCGGACAAGGGAGUCCAGCUACCAGCAUCACCAUCAGGAGCUGUACCCAGUGCCACGACCCUCCUUCCCCGACCGCCCCUUCAGCUGCGGGGGUCUCCAAGCUCCCGGCAACCCGGCCGCGCUCCAAAGGGGACACGGGCAAACUCCAGGAGGCCAACACCUCUCAGAGAAAGCACAGCAGCUCUGCGAGCAGGCUGCUCUAUCCACCUCCUCCACUACUCCUUCCCCAGCCCCUCCAGCCUGCAACCAGCCAAACCCCGACCAUCACAGCACAGCUUCCAAACAGCCCAUAGUCUAUCCCUGGAUGAAAAAAAUCCACGUCAGUACUGUGAAUCCCAAUUACAAUGGAGGCGAACCCAAGAGAUCCAGGACAGCCUACACCAGGCAGCAGGUUUUGGAGCUGGAGAAGGAGUUUCACUAUAACAGGUACCUGACCCGGCGGCGACGCAUCGAGAUCGCCCACUCCCUUUGCCUCUCCGAGCGACAGAUCAAAAUCUGGUUUCAGAACAGGAGGAUGAAAUGGAAAAAAGACCACAGGCUGCCUAACACCAAAGUACGGGCAGCAACGGCAGCGGUUGCCAGCGCCUCCACCGCCCCCGCCGCCCCGGCGAACACGGCCGCGGGCGAGGAGCUGCCCUCCGCCGCCGCGCAGGACCCGCGCACGGAGGAUAUCACCAGGUUAUAA